AUGGAAUGGACGGUUCUACAAGGACUCCGCCUGGCGGCCGCAUGGGGUACCAGGAACCUCAUCGUCGAGAGUGAUUCGCUGGACAUUAUAAAACGUUUGUCCGGCAGUGAGUACAAAGCAAGAGGAGUGAGUAAUGUCAUCAGACUGUGUGGGCAUGAGCUGAGCAGGUUCCACAACAUAGAGUUCAAACAUGUUAGACGUGAGCAAAACCGAGUAGCUGAUCGUCUCGCCACGAUGGGCACCACCCAUGAGUUAGGUGUCCGAGUCCUUACUGACAUGCCCUUGAUCGUUGAAGACGUCAUGUGGGAGGAUUCUGUGGGGGCGAGGGUCACUCGCGGAGCAAAUCAUUAG